AUGGAUAUCGUCCUCGAGCUCACCGACACUUUCCUGGCCGACUACGCCUACGCGUACCUCUUCCCUGCCCGCCCGGCUCCCUACGAUUUCCCCCAGACGGCGGCGGCCAAUGCCUCGGCCGAGGCCUUCUCGAACUGGGUCUACACGCCCGCCACCAAGUUCCUUCAGUUUCAGCCGUCACGGGCGGCCUACAUGACCUCGUUACCCCGCGAUGACCCCUAUCGCCAGGUAGUGACGCUGUUCUUCAUCACGUGGAUCUUCGGCAUCAUCGUUUACUUCAUCUUCGCAACCCUCUCCUACUACCUCAUCUUCGACAAGCGCACCCUCCACCACCCCAAGUUCAUCAAGAAUCAGAUAUGGCUCGAGAUCAAGCAGGCCAACAAGUCGAUGCCCUUCAUGGCCGUCUGCACCGCCCCGCUCUUCCUCCUCGAGGUCCGUGGCUACGGUAACCUCUACGACACCACCGACGAAGGCCCCGGGCUGUGGUACAACUUCCUUCAGUUUCCCCUCUUCCUUCUCUUUACCGACUUCUGCAUCUACUGGAUUCACCGAUAUCUCCACCACCCCCUCGUCUACAAGCACCUCCACAAGCCUCACCACAAGUGGAUCAUGCCCACGCCCUACGCGAGCCACGCCUUCCACCCGCUCGACGGCUUCGCCCAAUCGAUUCCCUACCACCUCUUCCCCUUCAUCUUCCCCCUCCAGAAGCUCGCCUACGUCGUUCUCUUCGUCUUCGUCAACUUUUGGUCCAUCCUCAUCCACGACGGCGAGUACCUCACCAACAACCCCGUCAUCAACGGCGCCGCCUGCCACUCGCUGCACCACUCCCGUUUCGAGGUCAACUACGGCCAAUUCUUCACCGCCUUUGAUCGCCUUGGCGGAACCUACCGGAUGCCCGAGGCCUGGAUGUUUGAGAAGGAGAAGAAAAUGUCGGAGAAGCAGUGGAAGAAGGAAUCCGAGACGGUCGAUUCGUUCGUCAAGGAGAUUGAGGGUCACGACGAGCGCACCUACGACCUGCACCUGACAUCCAAGAAGACGAAAUAG